AUGGGUCACCAGCAGCUCUACUGGAGUCACCCACGGAAGUUCGGCCAGGGAUCCCGCUCCUGCCGCCACGGUCUGAUCCGGAAAUACGGGCUGAACAUGUGCCGCCAGUGUUUCCGGCAGUACGCGAAAGACAUCGGCUUCAUUAAGUUGGACUAAGCGACCUUGAUUGGAUUCUUCAAGACUCUACCCAGUGAAACAGAUCGAUGCCAGUCUUUGUA